ACCUGUCGGCUUCCUCCGGGUCGUUGGAGAGAGAGAGAGAGCUUCUGAAGGCAGCGGAGCUGCUCCCUCCUGACUCUUUAGUCCCUUAAGAAGCUGCUAGUCCAAUUAGCUCAGAGUUGGAGGGCGGGGGAGGGAAUCCACGCAGUUAAACUGGAGACUCGGCUGGGAGCAUGAGCCCGACCGAGGCGAGUGAUGACGACCUGAACCGACUGCCCGCCAUCAGCAGCAGCCGAGUUGGACCGCGAGCGGGGCUCACGUACUGAGAUGAUGAUGAUGGUGGCGUACUUCCAGCCGCAGCUGAUAUAAACUUAAGUUUUUUGUUGUUGUUUUUGCUCGCACUGCAAGCCUGUUCAAGUCCAAACAGAGGCGCUUACCGACGGCUCGGAAGUUUUCUUCUUUUUUUUUUUUACCCCACCCGGACGGUUCGUGAAAGUGGUCGGCUCAAACAUGGACACGUUCACCAACGUGCUGCUCGUCACCGCGAACGUCGGCUCGCUCUUCAACAACGUGGAUGAAAUCCAAAAUGGAUGGUUAGAAGAACUGUAUAAGACAGUCCGGAAGUACAAGCCGCAGUUCAUCGCCCUGCACUUCCAGGAGGUGGGAGGAAAGGACUACAUGGUCAACAUGGACAAGGCAGAAAACUUCUUUUGUAACAUAGAGUCCAGUGAGGAAAUGAAGGAGUUUGACAGGUCUUGCAUUUAUGUGGACACCCAGUUCCAAGCGGAAGACAGCUUUACGGCUUUGGGCAGCAUGUACUUCAUCCACAAGACACUGAAAAAUAUCUAUCAUUAUGACUUUAAUGUUAAGGAUUUUAAAGCCGUGGUGGGACAGACCAAGUACGUGGGCUCACUGGACGGCGUCGCCACCGUGGAGAAAGAAAAAUUCCCAAAGAAUUUCUGGCCCGAUUUCAAGUGGUCCAGAAAGGGCUACAUGAGGACCCGAUGGCUCAUACACAACCAGGGUCUAGACCUGGUCAACAUCCACCUCUUCCACGAUGCCUCAAACCUUAUUGCCCUCAACUCCACUCCCUCCAUUUAUUCAGCCAACCGCAAGAACGCUUUCAAAUAUGUCAUCAACAGGUUAUUAGACAGCCGCUACGCUGCUAUGCCUUUCUUUCUGUUCGGAGAUUUUAACUUCCGUUUGGACACACGUACAUUAGUCCAGUGCCUGACCAUCGAAGCAGAUGUUGUGAAAGAUGUGAAAGACAGCAAUUACGAAGUGGAGAGAAUCACAUUUGAAGAAAGAGACAACGACCACCAGAAACUGCUGCAGAUCGAGGAGAAGCUGUUUGAGUACGUGCACCAGGCUGUUUUCCGAGAGGACAAUGGCAGAGCGCUUUUAAAGUACGAUAAAGAGGUCACACCCUUUCUUGACGCUGUCAGAGAAGAGGACAUCACAUUUCCACCCAGCUACCCCUACAGUGAGGACCACCACAAGCCGAGGCAGUACAUGAACACACGCUGUCCUGCCUGGUGUGACCGCAUCCUCAUGUCUCCCACUGCCAACGAUUUCAUCAACAGGAGAGAUUACGAUGGAGAGGGUGUCGUUUACAACACAAUUGGUCCUAAUGUCUGCAUGGGAGACCAUAAGCCCGUAUUCCUGUCCUUCUCGCUGAAGACGAAUAACCAUUGACUCCGAUCCUUCUCAAUGGUGUUCAGCUGCACCCCCACAACUCAGCCACCCUGGACACCAGCAUUAUUCUCUUCCUCGUGAAGAACUCAUGAAACCGUCUGCUUUCAUACGUCAUCUGAUCUCUGAGCUGCAGCUUUCUCCAUGCUGACUUUACUCAACAUGGAGUUCCUGCUUGCAGCCAUGUGGGCAGAUACUUUAGUCCUUACUAGUUCUCAACAUUUUAAUGUGAACCCUCAUAAUUGUCGUAAAAUGGUUUCUAAACAUUGUGUAUAUAUUGUAAAGCUAUAAGCAAGACCGAUUUUUUUUGUUGUUGUUUCAACAUUCAGAACUCUCUUAACCCUCGUGUACGGGAAUCUGUUGACUUCGAAACAGAUUGUAUCUUAUCAAGAACUGAUGCAUCGGCUGCCACUCCGUAUAUUUUAGGCAUUUGUUGUUUUCUGCCUCAAUGGCAUUUUAAAAACAGAAGCGCUGCUUCUUAUUCACCUUUCUAUUGUCGUGUUUCAACCAAUGUUCUCCUCAAAUCUACCUUUAAAAAAGGCUUUGGAAUUGAAGUGUGACAUCACUGAAACAUAACACUUUACGGGAUGAGGGCUCUGUGAAAUUUUAGAGCAGCAGCAAAAAUGUCUAGCAGUCUUUAUCUGCUAUAAAUGAAGUCAGAUUGUCAUAAAAAAAUAUUUGUCCCCUUUGAGAUUUCUGAGGGGGGCGUUUCAUUUUUUAACAUUUUUUUAAAGUUGACUGACAUUACUAAGAUUUCACAAAAAUGUUGUUGAUUCAACAUUACGUCUGAUUGCUUUUUCAGCAACAGGUUGCUUUUAAGUGGAGUUAGAGAUGUGAUUUUGUUUGUCCCUGGGUUAUCUUAAGGUUUGUUCAAUGAUCUGAAACAUUUUAAUGGGACAAAAACAGGGGAGAGGGGAACAAAAUACCAUUCUGCACCGUGUGACGCUGACAGGCUUUCUAUGUACUUACUGUACAUAAUACCAAGUGCUUUAUCUCCCAAAACAUCUCAGCUGUUACCGGUCUGUCCGUUCAUCAUCACUUCUGUGCCGUGCAGCAUUCCUCCACUGGAUCGUCUCUUCUCACGCUUUUUCAAACGCAUCAUCUUUCACUGCCAAAAACCAAACUCAUCAUGCUGUCUGUCCUCUUAUGUUUACUCAUGACUGAAAUAUGGAAUAUGGUUUCUGUUUCAUUCCCUGACUUAAUUGAAACCUCAAAGGAUGCUGCGUCUGUGCAGAACGCACACACACAUGCAGACACAACACGUUCACACACUUGUAAAGCAUGAGGCACUGUUUUAAGUUUUCUUUCUUUAUGAGUGAUUUUUAUGAUGCAUGUUGUGAAACUGUAACUCCAGUGCAGUAAUAUAUUUUUAAUGUUUGGUAUCAGUUUAUGUUUUAACCUGGUUUUAAUGACAGUGACUGCUUCUUACUGGGUUUUGCUUAUUUUUGUGUCUAUUUAUUCCAAAUAUCAGCAGAAGUGAAGUUUUGGAUGUCCUGUUUGUACAGUUGGCCUGUUGCUUCACCAUAGUGACACAGUGAUGAUGAUCAAGUGUCCAUUGUCUGAACCAGUGUGUGAUGUAAUGUAAUGUUGUGACAGGAGUGGAGUUGGUUGGAGGAACCAGUAUUACCUUUAGUUAACUCUAGUCAGACACUACAUGUUUCACUUUGACUUUUGGAAAUAAAGCAUGCAAUGCAAAGUAGUUCUGUUAUUUGAGUCAUCUCCUCAGAACGUGUUUGGAUCUUUUGAUUGCAAAAGAUUCACACCAAGAAUCUCUUCAUUUCCUGGAUAAUGGCAGGAUUCCCGUUGAUAAGAAAACACUUCAAAACGUAUCUGUGGCAAAAAUGUAGACAAGAAAAUAUAUGUGAAGAUGUGCCGUAAUUGUAUUUAAAUGUUUCUUUAUUAAUUAUUUAGGAAUUAGUAUUUCCAUGUCUGAAUAAAUGGUGUAGUACCCAAAGAUA